GCUUCCCCUCUGUGAAAUCUACAUAUAAAAAAAUAUUUAUAUUAUUUAUUUUGUUAAAGGGUGUUAUUUGUAGCAUGAGAAGGUACAGAAUGAUGUUGGAAAUUAAGUGACCACCGUCCAAAACAGAUUUAGGGGGAAAAUAACCACACAACACAAUAAUGACUUCUAGUAGAUUAGACCGGCUUUUCCUCCUUCUGGAAACAGGCAGUUCCUCUAUAACCAGGUCUGCUGCUGCCAAACAGCUGGGGGAAGUGCAGAGGUUGCAUCCUCACGAACUAAACACAUUGCUAUCCAGAACCACUACUUAUUUAAAAUCCGCAGAUUGGGAGACUCGUAUAGCGGCUGCUGAGGCGGUCAGGGCCAUCGUUAGCAAUGUCCCCCAAUGGAAACCGCAGGGGGUCAACGUCAAACCAGAAGACGGGAACCAGGUGCAGUCUCUGUCGUGCGUGGGAAGGUUGCGAUUCGAACAUUUUGAUAUGGCCAAGGUUUUGGCGAAUAGCACCCACCUGAUGGCUUCGGAAGGCAAAGAGUUCGAUUUGGAAGAGGAUUCAUCGCUAGGCAUAGACAAUAAAGAGAGGAUGGCCAAACAAAGACAAAUGCUCAACGCUAGGCUAGGUUUAGACGUAGCGGCGAAAUUAGGGAUGGAUACGUCGUCUUUAUUCAGUAACGAGGACUUGGUCGCUAAUAACGGGAAGCCUGAGAUCUCUUCGAAUAUUGUAGACUUAAGGAAAAACGUUAGAGAAGUGAUAUCUCCUAACGAGGGACUGAGUUCCAGGGAGAUGAAUCGGGCCAAGAGGAAAGCGCGGCAGGCCGUGAACAAACAGAGGUCCCGAGAGGCCAUGGAAGACACUAACGGAGAAGAAAUAGAGAAGAAAAGAAUUAAGACUGACGUUAAAGAAGAGUAUAUUAUACAGUACGAUUUGGAGGCUGGAGAUGCUGGCGACUGGCCCCUGGAAUGGUUCUGCGACCAGCUCAGUCAGGAUCUCUUCAGUUCUUGCUGGGAGACGAGACACGGGGCCGCGACUGCACUCCGCGAAGUGUUGACUGUACAAGGCGACGGAGCUGGACGGGCCACGUACAUACCCUCGUGUCAGAUGGAAACUUACCAUCAGAUCUGGCUGGAGGACAUGUCCAUAAGACUAUUGUGCGUCCUCGCUUUAGACAGAUUCGGCGACUUCGUCUCCGAUGCCGUUGUCGCUCCGGUGAGGGAAACGUGCGCCCAAGCGUUGUGCGGUGUGCUGAAAUUGAUGAACGUGCCGGCCUGCAACGGGGUGCUGAAAAUCCUGCUGCAGCUGCUGGAUCACCAGGAAUGGGAGGCGCGACACGGCGGUCUGCUGGGUUUGAAGUACCUGCUGGCGGUGAGGGAGGACAUGAUAGACGUUUACCUGCCCGAGAGUUUCCCCUUCAUCUUACAGGGUUUAUCGGACGCUGUGGACGACGUCAGUGCCGUGGCCGCCUCGGCUUUGAUCCCCGUUGCCGAGAAACUCACCAAACUCGUACCCGGUUCCGUCCCCCUCGUCGUCACCAAACUCUGGGACCUCCUGUCCGAGCAGGACGAACUGGCGGCAGCCUGCAACAGCUUCAUGGGCCUCCUAGCCGCCAUCUUGAACCUACCGCAGGCCCAGGCGUUGCUACCGCCGCAACCCUUGAAUGAGGUGGUCCCGAGGCUGUGGCCUUUCCUGUCGCACAGCACGUCUUCGGUGAGAAAAGCCACCUUGCAGACCUUGGGGACCCUGACGGAGAAGCCCAAGGACGGCACGUGUCUCCUGUGGGACGCGCAACUGCUGCAGGACGCCAUGCGCCACGUCUACCAGAGGGUGCUGGUGGAGCCCAAUAGGGACGUGCGGGACGUGGCCGAGAAGGUGUGGAGUAAUCUGGUGAGGAACUCGGGGCUGGUGGAGUUGUUGCACGCCGCCUGUCCCUUCAUAACCGUGUGGUUGUUCCUGGGGAUGCAGCCGGUGAGGGUGCCGUUCGACGCCAACCUCCUCAUCCUGGCCAAGUCGCACGGCCACAAGAAGAAAGGGGGGAUCGACGGGUUGCAGAAUUUCGAUCACACGGUCGUUCCUCCCAAGUUGUACAUUGCCGGUAGCGAGACCACCCCAGUAGCCGUCCGCGAACUGAACGCCAUGCAGGUGCGCUGCAUGGCGGCGCGUAUGCUCGGCCUCCUCUCCUGCUUCAUAAUCAAACCGGCCCCCGGCGUCGAUUACUCGGCCGAUCUAGAAAAACCCGUAGACUGCUACGUCAAGGUCCUCCUCGUCCACCUCAACUCCAAAUCCGCCCUGCAGCGCAUGAUGACAGGCCUGGUGGUGGCGGAGUGGGCCCGGCUCAACGACCAACCUCAAGACUGCCCCGAGGCGCUCAAGCAGCGCCUCCACACCUGCCUGAACGAGUGCGUGUACUUCGACGAGAUCGCGCACAGCUUCACCCGCCUCGCUCAAGAAACCAGGGAUUUCGUGGCUACGCUGAAGCACUACAAGGUGCCGAUAAACAUACAGAACGACAGCGUGUUCACGCUGCAGCACAUCGAGCAGUUGACGGGGGCGGAGACGCAGCAGGUCCUGGUCAAGUUCAAGCUGAAAACGAAGAUACAGGAGAGCCUGGAGGAGAGGAGGAGGAGCAUCCAGGGGUCCGCCACGCAGACGAGCAACGAUCAGCUGAUGCUCAGCGUCAGCACUUUAGCUGCGCUUUCUGGUGCCAUCGUGAUGUUCCGAGCCCUCCCCGACAAGCUGACGCCCGUCGUCAAACCGUUGAUGGAAUCCGUGCGUCGCGAGAACGACGAGAACCUGCAGAGAAUCGCUGCCCAGCACCUUGCCAUCCUGUUAGACCAGUGCAGGGGCCGCACGCCUUGCCCGAACGACAAAAUAAUAGCGAACCUCUGUACGUUCCUGCGGUGCGACCCCGAGUUCACGCCCGUCGUACACAAAAAUCACGGGGAGCACAGCAAAGACAUGCACAAUAAACCGGGGAAUUAUAACGGCAUCGUGACUCUCAAUAAUCAACAGAGAAACGCGGAACGGGCGGUGUUCAAACGAUCCAAUAGCACGGGGAGGGGUCCCGGUAGGCCCCCGGCCAUGGAUAUACCCUUGGAGGAGCUCCUGAAAGAAGAAGAUGAUUCGCAGAGGAUAAACGGCAUUCAACGUCGGGGCGCCACUUUGGCUCUGACCGCCAUCACGGAGCAUUUCGGUGCGGAACUCCCCAGCAAAGCUCCGAAACUGUGGGAGUUUAUAGUCGGGCAGCUGUCCGAGGCCAUAGAUCCGUACAAUUUCGACUCGAACGUUUUGUACAACAGAGAGGGCCAAGCGGAACAGCUAGUUUGGGCGCUGCAAGUACUCGAAGUCAACAGCGCCAGCCUACACAAGUCCCUCCUACCCGAAGUGAUGAACAGGAGCUUAGUGAGGCUAUGCGUGUUGCUGUCGCACCCUUACCGCGCCGUCAGACACUUAGCCGCGCGCUGCCUCGCCGCUUUCGCCAAGUUGGAUUCCGUGAAAGUAAUGGAACUGAUCGUUAGCAUAGUGCUGCCCAAACUGGGCGCCACCGACUGUGAUAUAGACAGGCAGGGGGCCGUGGAAGCCGUCGCUUGCAUCGUGGAGGCCCUCCAGUUCGACAUCAUACCCUACGUGGUCCUGCUGGUGGUUCCGUUGCUCGGCCGCAUGUCGGAUCAGAACAUGUGCGUGCGUCUCAUGGGGACCUACAGCUUCGCUACACUAGUCCAAUUGAUGCCGUUGGACGGGGGCGUACCCGAGCCCCCGACGCUUCAAGGCAGCUCCCUCAACGAGAGACGCAUCAAGGAGAGGGAGUUCUUGCAGCAGCUGCUCACGCCGUCCACCAUUCCGGAUUACGUGGUGCCGGUGCCGAUCGCGGCCCAGCUGAGGAGCUACCAGCAGGCGGGCGUGAAUUGGCUGGCUUUCCUCAACAAGUACAAGUUGCACGGGAUACUCUGCGACGAUAUGGGGCUGGGGAAGACGUUGCAGAGCAUCUGUAUCCUGGCGGGGGAUCAGUAUUACAGGGACCAGAAGUACAGGGAGACCAAGUCGCCGGACUGCGCUCCCCUGCCGUCGUUGGUCGUCUGCCCGCCUACUUUGACAGGCCACUGGGUAUACGAAGUCGAGAAGUUCCUGAACCAGAAGUACCUGCGUCCGCUACAGUACAACGGCUCUCCCACCGAACGGGAGAAACUGCGCCACAAAUUCAAAAAGUAUAAUCUCAUCGUCGCAUCCUACGACAUCGUCCGCAAGGACAUCUCCUUCUUUGCCAACAUCAAGUGGAACUACGUCAUCUUGGACGAGGGCCACAUCAUCAAGAACGGCAAGACGAGGACGAGCAUAGCCAUCAAAGCCCUCGUCGCCAACCACAGACUGAUCCUCAGCGGAACGCCCAUCCAAAAUAACGUCCUCGAGCUGUGGAGUCUGUUCGAUUUCCUCAUGCCCGGUUUCCUCGGUACGGAGAAACAGUUCACCGCUAGAUAUUCCAGGCCGAUUUUGGCCAGUCGCGAUCCCAAGUGUUCGCCGAAAGACCAGGAGGCCGGGGUGUUGGCCAUGGAGGCGCUGCACCGGCAGGUGUUGCCGUUCUUGUUGAGGAGAAUGAAGGAGGACGUGUUGGACGACCUGCCUCCGAAGAUUACGCAAGAUUACUACUGCGAAUUGAGUCCGUUGCAGGAGCAACUGUACGAAGACUUCUCCAAGUCGCAGGCCCAUCAAACUUUGCAGGAGUCUAUUUCUUCUGGAGCGACAGUGAGUUCCAUGCAGGGCAACACGCAUAUAUUCCAGGCCCUAAGGUACCUGCAGAACGUCUGCAACCAUCCCAAACUAGUUCUUAACCCGUCCCACCCGCAGUACCAGCAGAUCGUGGCGCAGCUGCAGCAGCAAAAUUCCAAACUGGAGGAUAUCCAUCAUUCCGCAAAACUUCCUGCUUUACAACAACUUUUGCAAGAUUGUGGCAUAGGCAUAACGGAAAGCAUCUACAAGGAGUCCACGGUAGUCAACCAGCACAGGGCCCUGGUCUUCUGCCAGCUCAAGGCCAUGCUGGACAUCAUAGAGAAGGACCUAUUCAAGAAGCACAUGCCCAGCGUCACGUACCUGAGACUGGACGGCUCGGUUCCCGCCGGUCAACGCCACACGGUUGUUACAAGGUUCAACAACGAUCCCUCCAUCGACGUCCUCCUCCUUACGACCCAAGUCGGGGGCUUGGGUCUCAACCUGACGGGGGCGGACACCGUCAUCUUCGUCGAACACGACUGGAACCCCAUGAAGGACCUUCAGGCCAUGGACAGGGCACACCGCAUCGGCCAGAGGAAGGUCGUCAACGUUUACAGGCUGAUCACCAGGGCCACCUUGGAGGAGAAGAUAAUGGGAUUGCAGAAAUUCAAGGUGCAGACGGCCAACACUGUGAUCAGCGGGGAGAACAGCCAGUUGGAGACGAUGGGCACGGACCAGUUGCUGGACCUGUUCUCGCACAAGCCAGGCUGGAGCGGGGACGGCGGUUCGUCGUCCAGGUCGAACGGGGGAGUGCGUGCCAUUCUGGAGUCGUUGCCCGAGUUGUGGGACUCGCGGCAGUACGAGAACGAGUACGAUCUGUCCCAGUUCCUCACCAAACUGCAGUAGAAAGAUACCACCACAUCGUCGGAGAGCAAUAAUAUAUCUGUAAGUAAAGUUAUGAUUGUCACACGAUUAGAGAAAACUACCAAACCAAAGAAUUUUUCUAUUUAUUUAUAUCUUAAAUAACCAUAUUACCUACCUUGUAGAUGUGUUAUUAUUUUAUUAUCCCGUUGUAAGAAUAAAAUUCUGGGUAAUCUGUAACAUGGUAGUUUUUUUUUGAAAUGGGAAAAGAAUCGUUUCCAAAUUAAAUUACAUUCAAUUAUCGUUUGUCGAGGACAAGAUUUUACAUUCUUCUUCUCAUUUCUAUGCUGCAUUGUUGAAAAUAGUAUCGUUUAUGUAUGAAAUGUCCACUUUAUUUCGGAUAGUAUUAAUUUGUGAAAGUUAAUGUUUGA